GGCCGAGCGGGAGGUCGGGGCUGCGGGUGCUCGCUGGUGGCGGAUCAGAAGGCGGCUGCGGUGGCGGGGCUCCGCGGCCGAGGUCGAAUCCGAUCGGGAGCCAUGAGCGUGGACAAGGCCGAGCUAUGCGGGUCUCUGCUCACCUGGUUGCAGACGUUCCAUGUCCCGUCCCCCUGUACCAGCCCCCAGGACCUGAGCAGUGGCCUCGCCAUAGCCUAUGUGCUGAACCAGAUAGAUCCUUCCUGGUUCAACGAGACGUGGCUCCAGGGCAUCUCAGAGGACCCGGGUCCCAACUGGAGGCUGAAGGUUAGCAAUCUGAAGACAAUCUUACAGAGCCUAUUGGAGUACUCCCAGGAUGUCCUGGGGCAUCCUGUUUUGGAGCAGCACCUUCCAGACGUGAGCCUCAUUGGCGAGUUCUCUGACCCAGAAGAGCUUGGCAAGCUGCUUCAGCUGGUGCUUGGCUGUGCCAUCAGCUGCGAGAAAAAGCAGGAGCACAUCCAGAGAAUCAUGACGCUGGAGGAGUCAGUUCAGCAUGUGGUGAUGGAAGCCAUCCAGGAGCUGAUGACCAAAGACACCCCCGACUCCCUGUCACCAGAAACAUAUGGGAAUUUUGAUAACCAGUCCCGAAGGUACUACUUCCUGAGUGAGGAGGCCGAUGAGGGGGAUGAGCUGCGGCAGCACUGUCUGGACCUGGAGCGGCAGCUGGUGCUCCUGUCCGAGGAGAAGCAGAGCCUGGCACAGGAGAACGCGGUGCUUCGGGAACGGGUGGGCCGGCCAGAGGGUGAGGGUGCCACUGGCCUCACUGCCAAGAAGCUGUUGCUGCUGCAGUCCCAGCUGGAGCAGCUGCAGGAGGAGAACUUCAGGCUGGAAAACGGCAGGGAAGAUGAGCGUCUGCACUGUGCCGAGCUGGAGCGGGAGGUCUCUGAGCUGCAGCAGCGGAACCAGGCACUGACCAGUCUGGCCCAGGAGGCGCAGGCCCUGAAGGAUGAGAUGGACGAGCUGCGGCAGUCCUCUGAGCGUGCCGGGCAGCUGGAGGCCACGCUGAGCAGCUGCCGGCGCCGCCUGGGUGAGCUGCGGGAGCUGAGGCGGCAGGUGCGGCAGCUGGAGGAGCGUAACGCGGGCCAUGCCGAGCGCACGCGGCAGCUGGAGGACGAGCUACGCCGGGCCGGCUCACUGCGUGCCCAGCUCGAGGCACAGCGACGACAGGUUCAGGAACUUCAGGGCCAGCGACAGGAGGAGGCCAUGAAGGCCGAGAAGUGGCUAUUCGAGUGUCGAAACCUGGAGGAAAAGUAUGAGUUGGUGACAAAGGAGAAGGAGCGGCUGCUGGCAGAGCGGGACUCCCUGCGGGAGGCCAAUGAGGAGCUGCGCUGCGCCCAGCUGCAGCCUCGGGGGCUGACCCAGGCCGACCCUUCGCUGGAUCCCACCUCACCAGCUGUGGAAAACUUGGCAGCAGAGAUCCUACCUGCGGAGCUGAGCCCUGCUCACUCCCCGGUCGGCAGGGAGACGCUCCUGCGGCUUCAGCUGGAGAACAAGCAGCUGUGCCAGCAGGAGGCGGCCUACCGGGAGCGGCAGGAGGAGCUGCAGCGCCACCUGGAGGAGGCCAACCGCGCGCGCCACGGGCUGGAGACGCAGCUGCGGCUGAACCAGCAGCAGCUGUUGGAGCUGCGGGCCCAGGUGGAGGACUUACAGAAGGCCUUGCAAGAGCAGGGGGGCAAGACAGAGGAUGUGAGUGCCCACCUCCUCCCUGCCUGGCCCUCCCUCGUGCCCCCCAGUAACCCUCCUCUCUCUCCUCCCUGCUGCUCGAUGCCCCCUGCAGUCCAUCGUAAGUACCGUGGGCCCAGGGUGGCACCCUCUACCCUCACCCCAAGAUGGAGUUGGGACGCCUGGACCCCCCAUUCACCCAGUGCCUGUUCUCUCCCCCAGUCCACCCUACUGAAGAGGAAGCUGGAGGAGCAUCUGCAGAAGCUGCAUGAGGCAGAUCUGGAGCUGCAGCGGAAGCGAGAGUAUAUUGAGGAGCUGGAGCCCCCCGCUGACAGCAGCACAGCCCGGCGUAUCGAGGAGCUGCAGCACAGCCUGCAGAAGAAGGACGCGGACCUGCGGGCCAUGGAGGAGCGGUACCGCCGCUACGUGGACAAGGCGCGCACGGUCAUACAGACCCUGGAACCCAAACAGCGGCCACCCGGAGGGGCACCCCCAGAACUUCACACCCUGAGGACGCAGCUCCGGGAGCGGGACGUCCGCAUCCGACACCUGGAGAUGGACUUUGAGAAGAGUCGAAGCCAGCGGGAGCAGGAAGAAAAGCUGCUCAUCAGUGCCUGGUACAAUAUGGGCAUGGCUCUGCAGCAGCGAGCUGGGGAGGAGCGGGCACCUGCCCAUGCCCAGUCAUUUCUGGCACAGCAGCGGCUGGCCACCAACACUCGCCGUGGCCCGCUGGGACGUCUAGCAUCCCUGAACAUGCGUUCCACUGACAAACACUGACGGACCUCAGGAUCCUGCCCCUGCCCAGCCAGUCAGGGCUCAGCGCCCCCCCUGGGUCCCCUCACCUCACACGAGGCCCAGCAUCGGGAAGGCCUCAGUCAGCUGCUUGAGAGUCUGGAGGUCAUGAUUUCUGCCCUUUGUUCCCGCAGCCGGGGCAAGAGUGCAGGAUAGGGCAGGAGGCAGGGAUAGGCCUGUUCUUUUUAGCAAUGUGAUUCUUAUGCUUAAUUUUCAACCUGGGGUUAAUGAGAUGCCAGGGGAGAGAGUGAUUUUAUAUUUGAGAAGACAAAUAAUAAACAUUUUCAAUCCGC